AUGUCAAGUCGUUAUAUUAAUAUGACUUUACCAGAAAAAGUUGAAUUAGCAGUUAGAGAAGUUGAAAAUCAAUUCUAUUUAGAUAAUGAUUAUUUAAUUAAAGCUUCAGAAUAUUUUGAAAAAUCAAUGAAAGAUGGAUUGAAAGCUCCAAAACAAAGUAGAGAACAUAUGCCAAUGAUUCCAACAUUUGUAACAAAAAUUCCAAAUGGUAAAGAAACUGGUAUAUAUUUAGCAGCAGAUUUAGGUGGUACAAAUUUUAGAGUUUGUUCAAUUGAUUUAAAAGGUGAUCAUACUUUUGAAUUAAAACAAAAUAAAUAUAGAAUUCCCUUAGAAUUAAUGAAAGGUCAAAAAGCUGAUGAAUUAUUUCAAUUUUUAGCAACCAAAAUUCAAAGUUUUUUGGAUGAACAUCAUGAUGAUGCAAACACUAAAGGUAAAGAACCAUUAAAAUUAGGUUUCACUUUUUCAUUUCCUGUUGAACAAACUGCUUUGGAUAAAGGUACUUUAAUUAGAUGGACAAAGGGGUUUGAUAUUCCAGAUACUGUUAAUAGAGAUAUUGUUGAAUUAUUACAAGCUAAUUUAACUGUUUUAGAAGUUAAUGUCAAAGUUGUUGCAUUAGCUAAUGAUACUGUUGGAACAUUAUUAUCAAGAGCUUAUGAAAAUGAUCCAACGAAGACAAAUGCAAAUACAGUUAUUGGUUGUAUAUUUGGAACUGGUACAAAUGGUGCUUAUUAUGCUGCCAUAGAUGAUAUUCCAAAAUUAAAAAAUCCACCAAAAAAUUGUAAAGGUAUGGUAAUAAAUACUGAAUGGGGAUCAUUUGAUAAUACUUUACAAAUAUUACCAAAUACUAUAUUUGAUGAAAUUGUAGACAAAGAAACUGCUAAUAAAGGUUAUCAUUUAUUUGAAAAAAGAAUUAGUGGUAUGUUUUUAGGGGAAAUUUUAAGAGUAGCAUUGUUAAAUCUUUUUGAAAGAGGUUUAAUUUUCCAAGAAUUAUACAAGGAAAGAGGUGGAAGUUUACCACAUAGAAUAACUGAACCAUGGUUAUUAGAUUCUGAAGUUCUAUCAUAUAUUCAAAUUGAUGAUUCAACAGACCUAAAAAUGUCUGAAUUAAUUUUGAAAAACGCUUUGAGAUUACCAACUACAAAAGAUGAAAGAAUAGUUAUACAAAGAUUAACAAGAGCUAUAUCAAGAAGAGCUGCUCAAUUAUCUGCAAUUCCUUUAGCCACAAUUGUAAAAAGUGUUAAGGAUCAAUAUAAAGAUGAUGAUAGAGAUUUUGAAGUUGGUUGUGAUGGUUCAGUUGUUGAAUUCUAUCCAGGUUUUAGAGAUGCUAUAAUGGAAUCAAUUGAAGUUAUAAAUCCUUUAAAAGGUUCUCACAAGAAAAUAUAUUUAAAAAUUGCAAAAGAUGGUUCAGGUGUUGGUGCUGCUUUAUGUGCCGCAACAGCAGAAUAA